CGACGUAGAUAAAUGUUUCACCACAACUCUGCUUCAUAUUCUAAUCCCUAUAAUAAAACUCUCACAACCCAUUUCCUUUGUUAGAUUGUUGAACUUAUUAUAUCAAUCAAUAUUAUAUACUAAUUUCCUUUUUUUGUGUUUUCCUUUGUUGUAUAUUAUCCACUCGUCGUAUAUAUUACAGACCAAAAUCUUGGGACCGACAACAAUCUCAGCUUUGCAAACUUCAAAGGAUUUUUGUUCCAAUGAUUAGAACACAAGUGAUGGAAGUGAUAUGAAGAAGGUUCAACUUCAUUUUGACUGGUUUUGUUCUACAAAAUAUUGUGUGUGGUCUUACUAGAAUGUAUGUUACAGCUGACGCUGCUGAAGUUGAUGAGAUGGGUUAUUCGAUGAGCAGACUUGAGUUAGAAUCAGAUCUUUGUGAUGUAGGGAAUAAGAUGCCCGAGGUCAGUAGUAGUAGUAGAUCCAAUAGGCCGUUGAGUAAGUUAGACCACGAGAUAGCCCAGAUCACGAAGUUAAGAUCAGGGCCUCACGAGCUGCUAAGCCAUGUUGGACCGGGGAAGAGGGAGCUGCCGGUGUCCACGGUGAAGAUGCUGGCCCGUCGAGAAGGUAACUACUCGGGAAGAGGGAGGUUCUCGUCCGCGGAUUGUUGUCAUGUUUUGAGUAGAUACUUGCCAGUUAAUGGUCCAUGGCUAGUGGACCAAAUGAAUUCUCGCGCCUAUGUCUCGCAGUUUUCUGCAGAUGGUUCUCUUUUUGUGGCUGGGUUCCAGGGAAGUCAUAUUAGAAUAUACAACGUGGAUAGAGGUUGGAAAGUGCGGAAAAACAUUCUUGCCAAAAGUUUGCGAUGGACUAUUACCGAUACAUCACUGUCCUCGGAUCAACGUCAUCUUGUCUAUGCCAGCAUGUCCCCUAUUGUUCAUAUUGUUAAUGUCGGGUCUGCUCAAACAGAGUCACUUGCAAAUGUUACGGAAAUACAUGAUGGUUUUGAUUUUUCUACUGAGGAUGAUGGAGGGUAUUCCUUUAGUAUCUUUUCUGUAAAAUUUUCAACAGAUGGAAGAGAACUUGUUGCUGGAACUAGUGACAAUUCCAUACACGUUUAUGAUCUUAAUGCAAAUAGGGUGUCCCUUCGUAUUCAGGCGCACACGUCUGACGUGAACACUGUAUGUUUUGCUGAUGAAAGUGGCCACCUGAUCUAUUCGGGGAGUGAUGAUGCUCUCUGUAAGGUCUGGGACAGACGUUGCUUUAUUGCUAGAGGGAAGCCAGCAGGUGUCUUGAUGGGACACCUAGAAGGUAUUACGUUCAUAGACAGUAGGGGAGAUGGUCGUUAUUUCAUUUCAAAUGGUAAAGAUCAGAGCAUCAAACUUUGGGAUAUCCGGAAAAUGUCAUCUAAUGCUACUACUUGCCUCCCAGCCUUUAGGAAUUAUGAAUGGGACUACAGAAGGAUGGACUAUCCACUCCAAGCAAAAAAUUUGAAACACCCGGGUGAUCUAUCAAUCUUUACAUAUAGAGGACAUUCGGUCCUGCGUACUCUCAUUCGCUGCUACUUUUCGCCAGCCUAUAGCACUGGCCAGAAGUACAUAUACACGGGAUCUCAUAAUUCUUGCGUUUAUGUAUACGAUUUGGUAAGUGGAGCCCAAGUUGCUACUCUUAAGCACCACAAAUCACCUGUGAGGGAUUGUAGUUGGCACCCUUAUUACCAAAUGCUCGUGAGCUCCUCUUGGGAUGGAGAUGUUGUCAAAUGGGAAUUCCCAGGUAACGGAGAGGCUCCGGCUCCUCUGAGCAAGAAGAGAGGACAUUUCACUUAAGAAGACACCAUAUGGUUUUAAUGGAGGCGAAUCUUGAAGUAAGAUAUAAGAUGGCAUACAUUUAUUUGUGUAGUAGUUAGGCUGUUUUAAAUGAUCAGUAAUUUGUGGUUGCUGGAAUUUGUGAAACCCUUUACCAAAAUCUGUUUUGUACAUAAAUAAUUUCAAUUAUUUGUAUCAAUCAAAAUAAUGACCCAUGUUGUAGUAAAUUCGUGAAUGCUUCAACAAAUGAGAUUGCAAGCACUGUUGACUUGGCUGCCGUUCUUCUUUAUUUUU